AUGAGAUUCUCCGUCGCAACCCUGGCGGUGACCGCCCUGGCUACACAGUCCGUCGUGGCCGAUGGCUGGUUUGGCAAGUCCGGACGUGUAGCAUAUAACAAGUGGCACGAGACCGAGCUCGAGCGUUGGUUGUCGGAUCACAACGUUCCCUACCCAGCCGCCUCUGACCGCAAGGAUUUGGAGRACCUGGUCAAGGACAACUGGGAGAACAAUGUUGUCAAGCCAUACAACUCCUGGGAUGUGAACCAGCUCACCAACUUCCUCGGCUCCAAGGGUCAGGACGUCAAGAAGGGUACGGAGAAAAACAAGGACAGCCUCAUCAGCCAGGUGCAGUCGUUGUGGACCACAACUUCUGACAACGCCAACGAUGCCUAUGGCAGCGUUCAGGACUGGGUGUUCGACUCCUGGACCGAGUCUCAGUUGAAGUCUUUCCUCGACUACAACGGCAUCCCCAMCCCAMCCCCGCGUACCCGCCACUCCCUCUUGCAAACCGCUCGCUCCAACUACCAGUCCAUUGCCAGCAAAAUCGGCGAGACCGCCAGCUACCCUGGUGACUGGCUUUACCAGUCUUGGUCCGACUCGGACCUCAAGGAAUGGCUCGAUGAGCGCGGCAUCCCGGCUCCCCAGCCAAGCUCGCGCGACAAGCUCAUUGCCAGCAUGCGCCGCAACGGCAAGAUCGGUUCCGACGCCGCCGCAUCCAAGUACGCCACUGCCACCAAGUCUGCCGCUUCUGCUCAGGCUUCUCUGAGCGAUGCUUUGUUGGAGAGCUGGAGCGACAGCCAGAUCAAGGAGUGGGCCGACAAGAACGGCCUCAAGGUUCCUCAGGGCAGCAAGCGCAACGAGCUCAUUGCCCUUGCCCGUAAGCACGCCGCCAAGGUCGUUGGCAACAACCCGGCCUCUUCUGCCUCCUCUGCGUUUGGUGCCGCCACUACCAGCGCUGGCAACUGGUUCGCCCAGGAGACCGACUCCGCCUACGGUGGUCUGCGUUACUACUACGACUUCGCCCUCAACCAGAUCGGCUUCGCUUCUGAGGAUGCCAAGAAGAGCUUGAGCUCCGUCUCCUCCGUCGCCAGCGCUUCGGCUUCCAGCUACUCCUCAUCUGCGAGCGUUGUCGCUUCCAAGUCAUCUUCUAGCCUGUCCUCUGUUGGAAGCACCAAGUCAUCCAGCUCGUCCUCUUCUGCCAGCGUCAAGGCCUCCAAGUCAUCGUCGGUCGCCUCUAAGUCAGGCUCCAGCGCCGCUAGCGAGGCUUCCAAGUCCGCUUCCAGCGCCUCCUCGCUUGCCAGCAAGAGUUCUUCCAGCGCCGCCUCCGUUGCUAGCAAGUCUGCUUCCAGCGCCGCAUCCGUUGCCAGCAAGAGUGCUGCCAGCGCCGCCGCGGCAGGCAGCAAGAGCGCAUCGAGCAUUGCCUCCAAGGUCAGCGCUGCCGGAAAGGCCGCUUACUCUGGCGCCAAGAAGGAAUUGUAG